AUGCACGUCGAAUUUUUUUCGCACGCUGCGCCGCCUGAGGAUCCUUACGCAGCAUUUGCGAAUGAAUCAUUCGCGACGACUGUGGUCGCACCACACUUCUCCACAACGAGCGUAUGGUCGAUAAGAAUUCAGCUUAUCCCACCAAUGGGAAUCUAUCAUAUUAAUGGGUUCGCACUGUUCUUGUUGCCGGUUUUGUGCCUCAUCGGAUUGGUUGGAAACUUUUUGGUGUGCGUCGCCAUUGCCACUGACCGACGGCUUCAUAAUGUCACCAACUACUUCCUGUUCUCACUAGCUCUAGCGGAUCUUCUCGUCUGUUGCAUUGUUAUGCCGUUGAGCAUAGUCGUGGAAGUUAAGCAUGGGGUAUGGACUUGGAGUAUGUCACUAUGUCUACUGUACAUCUACUCGGACGUGUUUCUCUGCUCCGCUAGCAUUGUUCAUAUGUCGGUCAUCUCACUGGAUCGCUAUCUCGGAAUCUCUCAGCCUCUACGAAGUCGGAACCGAUCUCGGACCCUGAUUGUUCUCAAAAUCACAUUUGUUUGGGUAGCAACUUUACUGGUUUCUUGUCCUAUAGCGGCUCUAGCGGUUAUAGAUCAGAACAACAUUCUACAGGACAAUCAAUGCAUGAUAUUCAGUCGCUAUUACAUUAUCUACGGCUCCACCAUGACAUUCCUGAUUCCUCUUGGGAUCAUGUCCAUCACCUACACCAAGACCACAAAGCUUUUGAAAAAGCAAGCGUCAAUUUUAAGCCAACGUGCUGACGAUAGGUCGAACGGCAAUGGGCUACGGAGAACAAUGAAUCAUCGGAAGUUGGGAUACUCCAGAACCUACUCAGCACAGGUCAACGGAACACAUGUCAACGGACGAGCCAUCGGAGCACAUGGACGGACCAUGUCAAACAUUGAGAAUAUCGAGAACGGAGACUCUGAUCGACUGGGCACAAACCGCCCAUCCAUCAAUCGCAAUGGCCACAAGACGCUACAGAAAGCGUCGACGAUCAACAGAUGGAAGACCAGAACAUCCGAUCUUUAUAACGCCAUCACCAAUAAAGUCAACCGUCGCAGUUCUCUUCAGACCGCCACCCAAGACCUCGCCAAUGAGCACAAAGCUACCCGUGUUCUUGCCGUUGUCUUCGUAUGUUUCUUCGUCUGCUGGACACCAUUCUUCUUUAUCAACUUCGUCGUUGGAUUCUGUGGCCAUCACUGCACUUUACCAUCUUGGUGUGGAACGCUGUUUUUGUGGCUCGGAUAUGUCUCCAGUACUAUCAACCCAAUCAUCUACACGGUCUUCAAUAAAAGAUUCCGUCAAGCCUUCGUGCGCAUCCUUCGAUGCCAAUGCAUGCACCGUCUUCGGGAUCCUAGUCAGAUGUACUCGCGCAACUACACCACCACUAUUGUUCCAGACACCUACACUUGCUCACGCUCCAACCACGAGCGCAACACGUCUGUAGUCGUUCGAGAUGACUCUCGAUCGGCUAGAAGUAUUGAGAGGACUGAUAUUAGCAGCCGAGCCAGAUCCGAGAUUUCAGAAGAUCCAGUUGGAAGAGUUCACAAUAGAUUGAUGUCAGAUAAGAAAAAGAUCUCACUGCCAUCAUUCCCAGGUACCAGCUCUUCUCGUGAUUCUCGUGUCACUACUGAAGACAUCACGACAGACGAGGAAAACAAGCCACUUCUCUCCAAUGGUCAUGUUGCCGUGGUUGUGAAAAUCCCAGAGAAUAUUGUUAAUCCCAUCCGCAAGUCACUCACCACCAUCAUCAGCAAACAAAUGAUAGACGAUACCAUCCCGGAAAAAUCUCAAAUUCAUCAUAAGAAUCAACGAUUGCUCACCACAUCGGCUCUCACUGUUUCCCAUCAAUCAAAUGGAUCCGUUCAUAUUCCAAUCAGAUCAUAUUCCUGCGUAGACUGCAAGAAAGCUGACAAGAUGCUGGCAUCGGAUGUUACCGACAUGAUGACCACAUCCACCGCCAGUACAGCUUCCACAUCAAAUGACGUUCACCGUCGCCAUCUAACUCUCUUCAAUCACUUUGAUAGUGCUGUUAAGGAAACAUUCUUGUAA